UAUGUUGCAUGAACUUUCACCUCAGUUCCCACAGCCACGCAGAAUCGUGUGGAUUUGACAGGACAUACAGUGACUACACUAACACGGAUCUUUAACUUUGACCACAUGGAAACUUUCAUCAGCUUCACUAACCAGAGUCAAGGCAGGGAUCGCAUAUUCAGAGCAACCCAAUAUGCGUGUGCCUUGGCGAAAUACCUUCUGAGAAAUGAAGCGAAGAGGAAAGAGCUGGUGAAAAAGCUGCAAUUUCUGGAGUCUAAUAUGAGCUCGGGGCGGAAGCUAUUCAGGCUUGGGAACACAGUCAACUCGAUUUAUGCGGCCAAGAGCACUCUUCAUAUUUCUGACCCCGUGCUGCGCUUUUGCCUUACUUUUGCCAACCUCAACCGUGCUUUGUACUUCAUCUGUGAUAACAUACUCUGGGGCAGAAGUAUCGGGCUAAUACGAGAUAUCGGCAAGGAGCGCUGGAGCUUGAACUCCACUCGCUUCUAUUUGCUGUCCUUGGUCAUGAAUCUCACCAGAGACGUCUAUGUGAUCGUCCAGCUUAUGGUGCAGAAGUCUCAGGACCGACACUACCAGCAAAAAGUCAAUCAGCACCUCAAUGAAAGCCCGGAUGUGGCUUUUGUCAUAGUGCCUCAGCUUGAUGCGUUCCUCUUCCUUCUCCUCGAGAGCCUCAGAAAGGAACCAUCUGUGGCUCUCGAUACACUUAAAAAUGUUUGCGACCUUUUCAUUCCACUUGACAAACUGGGCAUUUACCAGACAAAUGCAGGGGUGGUUGGCUUCUGUGGGCUUGUUUCCUCUCUUUUAGGCAUAUUGUCAGUUUUGAGGCCCAGCCUUAAAAUCAAGCCAUGAUUCAGGAACAUUCUUUAGAGUAACACCCAAAAGGAAACUUUCCUAACAAAUAUUUAGAUGUGAAAUUAGACUACCAUUAAGCUUACUUUUGUAAAGGGAUCAACUUAAUUGUUCUAUAAGGGAGACACGAGAA